GAGACUUCACCAAUACUGGAGAACUUGAGGAAGUUCGAUCCUUGAACAAGUGGCUGGAGGACUAUCCAGCAAAGAGGAAAGUGUUGAUUGCAGGCAAUCACGACAUCACUUUCCAAGAAGAUUACUACAUAUCGCGUGGGGCUCAGCGGUUUCAUGGUGGCGUGCGCUGUAAUUCCAGCCAAGCCAAGCGAUCCCUCACCUGCUGCACAUACUUGGAGGAUACGUCUGUCGAAAUGCAAGGCUACCGGAUUUAUGGGUCCCCCUGGCAACCCGACUUUAAUGACUGGGCCUUCAACUUGCCGCGGGGCGAGGCACUGCAACGGUGUUGGGCCGCCAUACCGUUGGACACGGACAUCCUUGUGGUGCACGGCCCGCCAGCUGGAUAUGUGGACGUCACACCGGUGGGUCGAAAGGGAGAUGUAGAUUUACUGGCAGCCAUCCAGAAGCGCAUCGUGGUGACUGGACACCUGCACAUGGGGCACGGCACUGCCACGGAUGGAACCACUUUGUUCGUAAAUGCGGCCACUUGCACUGAAGAGAAUGCCCCCAUACAGCCGCCCAUAGUUUUCGACCUGGCACCCGCGGCAGAGCUGAGACAAGGAACCAAACAAGUUGGGGAAAGGAUGCCAUAA